AUGUCAGUAUCAGCAGACGGAUUUAACGCUUCCAGUUUAUUUGAACAAUUGGCUGAAGGUCUCAAGGACGACAAAAUCAAGGCUCAAGCCAUCAAGCAAGUUAAUGCUGUGUUAGUCAUUACUUUAAAGAACAAGGAAGGUAAGGACCAACACUGGGUUCUUGACUUGAAGAAGGAUGGUACUCUUGCCAAGGCUGACUCUGCUCCAAAAUCAGAUGUCCAAUUACUUUUAAAGGAUGCUGAUUUCGUGAAGUUGGCCAACGGUAAGGCCAACGGUCAAAAAUUAUUCAUGAACGGUAAGUUGAAGGUCAAGGGUAACAUGAUGAAGGCCACUGCUAUUGAAUCUGUCUUCAAGAGUAUUGAUCCAAGACCAAAGUUGUAA